AUGGCACCCCAAACAAAGACAGAUCGAUCUUUUGGCGCCUUGACGCCUGCCUUGUCAGAAUGGAUACUCGAGGCUGUGGAUUCCAUGGGCUUUGUGAAAACCACGCCUGUACAACAUGCUGCCAUCCCCAUGUUCAUGAAGAACUCUGAUGUUGUAGUCGAAGCGGUCACAGGAAGUGGAAAGACUCUAGCUUACCUGAUACCCAUUGUUGAGCGUCUGCUGCGGCUUGAUACGCCCAUAAAGAAGCAUCACGUAGGUGCCAUUAUCAUCUCACCAACAAGAGAACUCGCAACACAAAUUCACACUGUACUCUCGUCACUUCUGAGGUUUCAUGCGCCCUCGGCAGCCCUACUGGAUCCCGAGGAUGAAGACACCGACAUGGAAGACGCCGAUGCUCCACCAAAGCCGACCUUCCCACCAGGAACAUUGAGGGUCGUACCUCAGCUCCUACUUGGAGGAUCAGUAACGCCAGCUCAGGACCUCAGUAGGUUUCUCAAGUCAUCUACCAACGUACUCAUCGGGACACCGGGACGUCUACUGGAACUCCUCUCCUCGCCGCAUGUGCAUUGCUCACAGUCGUCCUUCGAUGCUCUCGUGCUGGACGAAGCCGACCGCCUUCUAGACCUUGGCUUCAAGGACGACCUACAGAAAAUCCUCUCCCGACUACCAAAGCAACGCCGGACCGGUCUCUUCAGUGCUAGUGUUUCCGAGGCUGUCGACCAGUUGAUUCGUGUUGGUCUCCGAAAUCCUGUUCGUAUUGCAGUCAAAGUCAAGGCGCGAGCUGCACCCAAUAGUGCGACAGGAGAGAUGGGCGCCAUCGAAGACAAGAAAACACCAGCAAGUUUACAAAUGUCGUACCUUACCGUACCCGCUUCGCACAAGCUACCUGCAAUCAAGAAAGUGCUCUCGUCCUUAGAACCACAGCCGCAAAAGUCCAUCAUGUACCUGGCGACAUGUUUUUCGGUUGACUACUUCCAACACAUCUUGCCCGAAGUCCUCAAAGGGUACACCAUCGUGCCUCUGCACGGCAAACUGCCGGACAAAGUUAGAAACCGCAACUUCAUCAAAUUCGUCGAGAGCGUCACACCGUCCAUCCUUCUCACCACAGAUGUCGCUGCACGUGGUCUUGAUAUCCCCUCGGUGGAUCUUGUGCUUCAACUUGAUGCCCCAAGCGAUCCCAAGACUUUCAUCCAUCGUUGCGGACGCGCAGGCCGAGCGGGCCGCAAAGGUUUGGCCAUUACAUUCCUCAGCCCAGGACGAGAAGAGGACUACAUUGAGUUCCUUCGAGUUCGGCAGACCCCUGUAUCGCCUUUUACCACAUCUGAUGUUACAGUAACCGCGGAAGAAGCAGCAGCCAUGAGCAACCGGAUACGGAAGGUAGUCAAGUCCGACCGAGCACUAUUUGACAAAGCACAGCGGGGAUUCGUUUCAUGGGUCCGUGCCUAUAGCAAGCAUACCGCGAGUUCCAUCUUCCGUAUUCCAGAUCUCGAUUGGACAGAGCAUGGUAAUGCCUGGGGCCUGCUCAAGCUACCCAGCAUGCCGGAACUGAAAAAGUGGGAAGGAGACCGAAGUCUGGGGGUGGAGAUGGAUUUCAGCACCUAUGCAUACAAGGAUAAAGUGCGGGAACAACAACGACAGACCGAGCAGAGUGAAUACGAGGCAAAUAAGGCUGAGGGCAAGAAGCGAUAUGUCACAGAAGACAAGAAGGCCUCGGCAUGGACGCAGCAGAAGGACCAGAAGGCGCUCAAGGAACUACGAAGAGAGAAGAAGGCAGCGAAGCGCGAGCAUGAUCGUGUGGCGGCGUUGACGGAAGACGAAAGGAAAGAGGAGCAAAGAGUGAAGGGUAUGAUUGAGCAGGUACGGAAGAAGGUAGCAGCGAAAGAAGCACAAGAGGCGGAAGAUGUGUUUGAAGGGUUUAGCGAUUGA